GAAGUAAACAAAUAAUCGCCAUCCGGUUUAUGUUGCAGACUGUCAUACGAGUUGUUCUUGAACUUUAGCAGCCCGUGUGUUUUGUUUCGUUAUUCUGGAGUUGAAGUCGGAUCGAUAGGUGUCAUGAGCACGGUUAUUCCUCGGAUAGAGCAGCUCUCUGCCAGAGUUAUUCGGGUUUUAGGAUGCAACCCGGGACCGAUGACUCUGCAGGGCACCAACACUUACCUGGUCGGCACCGGGGCAAGACGGGUGCUGAUAGACACCGGUGAACCUGCCGUGCCUGAAUACAUCAGCAGCCUGAAGCACGUCCUGGAGCAGUUCAACACCAGCAUCCAGGAGAUCAUCGUCACACACUGGCACGGCGACCACAGCGGCGGAGUGGAAGAUAUCUGCAGGGACAUAACAGGCUCUGAGGUCCGGGUCAGCAAACUGCCUCGCUCCAGCCAAGUUGAAGAGACCGCUGGGAAAAAGAGCUAUACUUACCUAAAAGAUGGAGAUGUUGUCCAAACAGAGGGAGCCACCCUGAAGGUGCUUUUCACACCGGGCCACACCGACGACCACAUGGCGUUGCUGCUGGAGGAGGAGCGGGCGGUCUUCUCCGGGGACUGCAUCCUGGGCGAGGGCACCGCCGUGUUUGAGGACUUAUACGACUACAUGAAAUCUCUGAAGAUCCUGCUGGACUCGCAGGCCGGUCUCAUCUACCCCGGUCACGGGCCUGUGGUGCAGGACGCUGAGGCAAAGAUCAAACACUACAUCAGCCACCGCGACCAAAGAGAGCAACAGAUCCUGGCAGCCAUUCAGGAUGGAGCAGGAAAGGCUUUCUCCUCCAUGGAGCUGGUGAAGAUCGUCUAUAAGGACACUCCUGAAUACCUGCACGCAGCAGCUAAUGUGAAUCUGGUUCAUCACCUAAAGAAGCUGGAGAAAGAAGGCAAGAUCAGCCUGGUGAACAAAUCCUCACAGAACGGCGAAUGGAAGAGUAAUCUGUGAUUCCAGGUGACUGUUUGGAAACAGUGGAAAGAAAUCAAUGUGAAGAUAAUCCACCUCAUCUACUUGGAUGUUUUCUGACUCGAAAAGCAGCCGGACUGAGUUGCAGCUGUGUGUGUGUCACACUUUAACAAGGCUGAACCACACACCCAAACCUAACUGUGGAUUUGAUUUAGUAAAACAUAUCUCUAUAUUCCUUCAGGAGUUUGCUUCACCAACAGGUCUUUGUCACUCUUAUGAUUCUGUUUGACAGAUUGCGAGACACUGGCAACUGAUGUAAAAUGUUCUUCAAACUUCAAAUCCUCGUGUGUGUUAGUUUUAUAUGUCAGAGGAGGCUUCACAUGCAAGGACGGGUUUCAUAUUAGUAGCAUUUUCUACUUUUCUAUCAAUUAUAUUUAUAAUUUGGGAUUUUCUUUUACGUUGCGAAUGAAAGAGACGCCUCUUCAAAGUCGGUGGGUGGAUAUAUUAAAGAAGUAAACUGAACCAAGUGUCUUCUUAAACUGUUGAUUCAACUGUGGCCAACGUUUCUCUUCUGCUGCACAAACUUUGACUUGUGCGUUUCUGUCUUUUCAAUCUCAAUAAUGUUGCACACAUUUUAGUUGGGCACUAGGUGGCAGUAUCUGUCAGUAUCUUGCAUGGUUGUAAAAUCAGCAUUAGAAAGACACAGUUUUUCAGAAAAUUGUCAAAUAUGAUAAAUGUAAAUGUUUGUUGAAAGUGGUUGUUUGAUAAAAGUAAUUAACAAGAUGUUACUGUCAGAUGCUGCUGUCAGUAAUAAAUAAUGUCUAUCUGUGAAGAUUAUUGAUGUUUGAACAGUGAAAUAUGAUCUCAAGUAAAUAAAGUUUGCCGGACAUGUGCCAAA